GGCUGAACCGGAUAUGUAAAUGAAUUAAAAAACGAAAGUAAUUUUGGAGAACGGGAUGAUCGAACUGUUUCUGUUGAGCGAGAGAUACAAGGUCUCCUAGAUCAAGACUCUGUAGAGACAAAGAGAUGGGGAGCAACUGCACCAAAAGGACCAGAGAAGAGGAGAGCACUCACUCUGUCUCAAGGCGGGGAGAAGAGGGGAGCACUCACCCUGUCUUACGUCCGAUAUAUAGCUCUGAGAGCUAUUACAGCGCUUAUGGAUCUGCACAAUUUGAAGACGACCUGAUGGGGAGAGAACCAAUAUUCGGAUCCGCCCACCGUUUUGAGGAUGUUGAGACAGAGAAGAUAUGUGAGGAAACCGUGGAUGACAUCACACAGAUAGUUAAAGGGAAACUGAAAGCCAGUCUGAAGAAGAAGUUUAGAUGUGUAUUUGAAGGCACUGCUGAGGAACAAAAUGGACUUGAUAGCAUUUACACACAGCUCUACAUCACACAAGAAGAGGUUAAUAAAGAACAUGAGGUUCGACGGAUUGAAUAUCCAUCCAAGAGAAACAUAUCAGACACUCCAAUAAACUGCAAUGACAUCUUCAAACCCUUACCUGGAGAAGAGAAGAGACCUAUCAGAACUGUAAUGACAAAGGGAAUCACUGGCAUCGGAAAAACGAUCUCUGUACAUAAGUUCAUCCUCGACUGGGUAGAAGGAAACGCCAAUCAGGAUGUUGAUUUCAUCUUUGUGCUUCCUUUCCGAGAACUGAAUUUGAUUAAAGAUGAGCAGUACAGUCUUCAUGGACUUCUGAAUGACUUCCACCCUGAACUAACAGAGAUAGUAGAAGCAAAGAUUUAUGCUACCUGCAAAGUUCUGUUCAUCUUUGAUGGUCUGGAUGAAAGCCAACUGCCAUUAGGUUUUGAAAAACACAAGAGGGUGACUGAUGCUACACAGACAUCAUCGGUGGAUGUGCUGCUGACAAACCUCAUUGAGGGGAAUCUACUCCCUGAAGCUCUCCUCUGGAUAACCUCCCGACCAGCAGCAGCCAAUCAGGUCCCCUGUAAGUACAUUGACAAGGUGACAGAAGUACGAGGGUUCAACGACAAACAGAAAGAAGAAUACUUUAAGAAGAAUGUUGAGGAUGAGAACCGGGCCAGGAGAAUCAUCUCCCACAUUAAUACAUCAAGGAGCCUCCACAUCAUGUGCCACAUACCAGUCUUCUGUUGGAUUACUGCCAGGGUUCUUGAGCAAAUGUUGAGUGAAGAUGAGAGUGGAGAGAUCACAACUCUGACUGAGAUGUACAAUCACUUCCUGCUCAUUCAGACAAACCUGAAAAGCAAUAAGUAUGAUGGGGAAAGGGAGACGGAUCUGGACAUCAUCAUAGAAAGAAACAAAGAAAUAAUUCUCAAACUGGCACAACUUGCAUUUGAACAGCUGGUGAAGGGCAAUCUCAUAUUCUCUAAGAAAGACCUGGAGGAGUGUGGCAUUGAUGUCAGUGAAGCCUCAGUGUACUCUGGGUUUUGCACAGAAAUCCUGAAAGAAGAGUAUGGGCUGUAUCGGAAGAAAGUGUACUGCUUUGUCCACCUGAGCUUCCAGGAGUUCCUUGCUGCUCUGUACGUGUUCCACUGCUGUGCGAGCAAGAACAUCAAGGCCCUGGAGUCGUUCGUUGGGGAUGUGUCAUCAGAGCUGUCCUUGCAUGAGCUGCUGAAGAUGAUGGUAGAUAAAGCCUUGGAGAGUGAGAAUGGACACCUGGACCUGUUCCUCCGUUUCCUUGUUGGCAUCUCAACAGAAUCCAACCAGAAACUGUUACAAGACCUACUGCCACAAACAGAGAUCAGCUCAGAGACUGUUAAGGAAAUUAAGAAAUACCUCAGGAAGCCAAAUGUAGAUCAAGUCUCACCUGAUAGGUACAUCAAUCUACUCAUCUGCUUGACUGAGAUGAAAGAUGAUUCAGUACAUGAGGACAUUGACAAGUUCCUAAAGUCUGGACUACCUGCAGAAAUAGAAAUGUCCCCCGGUGACUGCUCAGCUCUGGCCUAUGCGCUGCUGAUAUCAAAGGGCGUGCUGGAUGAACUUGACCUACAGAGAUACAACACAUCUAAGGAGGGGCGUUUGAGACUAAUCCCAGCAGUGAGGAGUUGCAGAGAGGCAAUGUAA